AUGGAUUUCAAGGGUAAAAGUAAAGAUAAUGCAAAAGCUAGAAUGGAUUUGAAAGAAUAUUGUCGGCGGAAGGAGCUUGAGUUAAUAGAUCAUGGUGGAGGAAAGGUAGGGACUGACCCCUGUGAGAAUGAGUUUUGGCUGGAGCAGGUCGAAAAGAUCUUUGACUUUAUUGGCUGUGAGGAGGAGGAUAAAGUUGGUUGUGCAACAUUUAUGCUUCGUGAUGAAGCUGACCAGUGGUGGAAAAUGAUGCAGAGAACUCUGCAAGGUCCUGAAGGACGAGGUACUCCAGUUACUACAUGGGUGCAGUUUAAGAAACUUUUUAAUACGAAAUACUUUCCUUUGUGUAAGAAAAUGGAGAAAGGUCGGGAGUUCAUGAAUCUAAAACAAACUGGGGACAUGUCUGUCGCCCAAUACGAGGAUCACUUCACAAGGCUGAUCAAGUAUAUGCCUAUAUACAACCUGGACAAGGAAGCCAAAGCGCAGAAGUUCCUUGGAGGACUGAAGUGGAAGAUUCAACUGGCCUUAAGCUCCUUAGGGACACCCACCUAUGCAGAAGUGGUGCUGCAAGCCUUGACGGUAGAAAGCAACUUUCGGCGAAUGGAGACUUUGGGAACGGAAUUUCGUGGGCCCGAGGAUGGAAGGUUGGGAAGAAAGCAUGACUUGGGGACUCAAGGGAGGAAGUUCAAGACCAAAGGUUCGUGCCCGAAAUGUUAG